UUACUAAUUGCAGCACCCUUGCGUUUCUCAAUUACGCAUAGCCCGCGUUCGUUCGGAAGAAGGGAAGAGAAAGCGAUAGAGACCGUUCUUCGUUCUUUCUUCUCUCCCUUCUUCUUCUUCCCUUCCGUCUUCUUACGAAUCUAUUAAUUGCGCUCCACUUUUCUUUCUCUAUCAGAUAUCUCAGAUCCGAUCACCUCAUUCUCUUUCUUUCUUUCUUGCGGUUCCGAGGUUGAUCUCCGACGACCCCGGCCUCGUCUAGAUCGGGGGGCGACGAUCCUUGGUUUAUCGACAAAUCGCGCGCGUCCGCGACGGUAUUUCGACAGGAUCGGCCGUUUAUGGCGUCAUCGGCACCUAGACCUGGCUACCCCGGCCAUCCUCAGGGGCCACCCGACGCUCUAGCUGCGGGUAUUCAGAACCUGUACGUGACUCGCCCUAACGCGCCGGUUACUCGUCCUAACGCGCCGGUUACUCGUCCUGCGCCCUUUGCCGGCGCCGGAUCCUCCCCAAUGCCCAUCGCUCGCACGGACGCACCUACGUACGCUCCUCCUCUUCGGGGCGUGUCGCCUCCGCCGUUUGUGACGGGGAAUAUUGGGCCUGGUCGACCGAUGGGGUUCGCUCAGCCGCCUCCUCCGGCCGCGUCUAGGCCGGCCCGUUCUCCGCUUCGCCGCCGUCAAGCGGUCCGACGGCUAUAAGUAACGGACCAGCAGCGUUUGUGCCUCCUGGAUCUCGAUUUCCUCCUACCGUGCAGGGUCCGCCUGGUUUGGCGCGUGGGCCUCCGCCGCCACCCGGCGUACGUCCGAUGGCUGAUAGUCAGAACGUUCCCGGCAUCCUGCCGCAGGUUCAACAGUCUCGCGCCCCAUUUUUAGGUGGCAGCCAAGGAGUACCGGGUCCAAUGAUGCAGCCCCAGGCGACGCCGUUCGUGGGCGCUAGUCAUGCUUCAGUUGCCCCACCGAUGCAAGCAGCCCCAGCGCCAUUCAGCGGUGGCCAAUCUUGUUCACCCACUAUGCGGCCGCCUGCACCUCCGUUCUUGGGAGCUACUCAGAGCGUACCCCCGUUGAUGCAGGCACCUGCAGCACCAUUUAUGGGUAGCAGCCAACCUAUGCCACCUCCCAUGCAACAGCCUCCUCCGCCAUUUGUAGGUGGUAGUCAAGUCAUGCAUCCGCCACCACCACCCACGUCCUUACCGUACGGCUCCCAACCAUGGCCGAGUCAGCUCGCUCAGACUCCACAAGACCUGAAGUCAAAGGUGAGGCAGUUGGUGCAUGGGAUCAGCUUGUGAGCAACGCAUGGCAUGCUGCAAGGCAGUAGGACAUAUCACCAUAGAUGCACAUUGUUAUUGUUGGCCUUGCUUGACACAGGACGUUGAUUCGAGUAGAGUGAAUGCGGCCACAAAUUUGAUGUGCAGACAAAUUUCUCCAACAGCUGACAAGCACGUGACCUGGGGAGAGCUUGGUGGCCGUCGCUAGGUUGCUGGGGCUUUGAAGCUUGUGGAUAGGUUAGGGCCCAUGUCAAAAGGACUCACGAAAAAAAAUUGAGUAUAUAUGAGUAUUAUGAUGUGUCUAUAUAUGUGACUGUAUAUAAAAUCUAAUGUUGCGUUUUAUUUUUGUUUUAUUUGUUUUGGCGCAAGUGCCUUGGUUCUAUGUUUUACUCAAUCCCUAGGCUCUGCCUAAUGCGUUUAGCAGCAUAGCCUAUUACUCAAAUAAGGUGACAGUUAUAUCUGGUCGGUCUCUUAACCCUUUGUGUCCUUUCUUGCACCUGUAGCAACCUAGUGUUGCAUUGGCGCAGACAAGUUGGUCUUAUUGUUGUUCAUAUAAUCAUAUAGUAAUGUUAACUGUAAGUUGUAAAUCAUGAGAUAUUAGAAAGCACAAAUGUUAAAGUCUCGCAAGAUAU